AUGAAGGCCUCUCCAAUUCCACCACCCCUCUUUUCGGCGAACCAGAUUUCGCCUCCUAAUUCCCACGAUGAUGAUGAAAAUCAAACCGCUUCUUCUGAAGCAUCAACUGAAUUGAGCUUCAAUAUCUCUGAGCACGGCGAUUCGAACACUUCCUACAAUUCAUUGCCACUGUUCAAUACUCAGGGAUCGCUCUCAGAAAGCACUACCAAACCUGCCAAAACUUCUGAUAUUCCUGACAAUGCAUCUGAAUGUUCUUCUAUUGACCCAUGCACUCGAGAGGAGAGUUAUGACUCUUUGACGCGAGACAAGGCGGAUCCUUUCAGCUUCAAAAAUCCCUUCGAAUCGAGUGACGAAGAAUGA